AUGUCAUCACAUGCAAGUAUACAUACAACCAAGCACAAGUACGCGCAAGCACACCCCGCAUGUUAUCCCCCCCCCACCAGCGCCCGCCAGCUGCACGCCCAACGGCGAGGCUGCAGCGCCAUUGUCCAUGGGCGGCCGUGGUGGUCGUGGAAUGCGAGUGCAAAUGCCAAUGCGCCAGAAACUAGUCCGGGGUGCGUGGGCACGGUGCAUGUCACUCACUGA